AUGCGACCAGCAACAGCAGCGACCAUCGCAGGUCUGCCGACCAAAUAUGUCUCGCUCGUCGUUCUCGUCGUCCAGAACUCCGCACUGGUACUUACCAUGCGCUACUCCCGAAUCCAGCCAGGACCACAGUACCUCGCCUCUACCGCAGUUGUGAUGUCCGAAAUCAUAAAGUGCAUCAUAUGCAUUCUCGUGCACCUCCACCAAGUACACACCAAACCAAAAGAUCCUUCGUUACCACUGCUGUCCGAAGAGACCACAACAUCUACUUCCUACGGCCUCACGCAACUCUGUUCCGACGUCUUCAGCGUCAAGUCGGGCUUCUUCAAGCUGCUCGUUCCCGCCGUCCUCUAUACUAUACAGAACAAUCUGCAAUUUGUCGCCGCUGAGAAUCUCGAUGCCGCUACCUUCCAAGUCACCUACCAAUGUAAGAUCCUCGCUACGGCCCUGUUCGCCGUCAUACUCCUCCGGCAAUCGAUAUCGGCUUUCAAAUGGUUAUCGCUCUUCAUCCUCACAACCGGCGUGGCUUGCGUACAAAUUCCCUCUUCAGCACCCACGGUCGUUCAACAAGGCAACUAUACCAUAGGCAUCAUAGCCGUCGCUGUUGCUUGUCUUUGCUCAGGAUUUGCCGGCGUAUACUUCGAGAAGGUACUAAAAACGUCGAGCAAUUCCCACAGCACUUCACUGUGGGUCCGAAAUAUUCAGCUCUCUGUUGGCUGCCUUGCCAUUGCGGCCACGGGUACACUGGCAUGGGAUGGGCAGGCUAUUCGGAAUUUCGGCUUCUUCCAGGGCUAUCGCAUGACGACCGUUCUCACAAUCUGCAUCCAAGCUGCUGGGGGUCUCAUCGUCGCACUUGUCAUCAAAUAUGCCGACAACAUCCUCAAAGGCUUCGCCACUUCCCUAUCCGUCAUCCUCUCGACGAUCGUCUCGGUAUAUGUGUUCGAUUUCGUCAUCACGAUAUACUUCCUCAUUGGUAGCGCGCUGGUCUUCACUGCAACAUACAUGUACGGCUUACCUGACAAGAACUCCUCAACAUCCGCAUUGGCCGCGACAACGGACAUGGAAGAAGCUAAGAGCGACGAAGCCAUGCCAAUGAUCAACGUCCAGGAUUACGAUCAGCAAGACGCCGAGAAGACACCUUUCCGGGAUGAUGUGGAGAACGGAAACGCGAGCGAGGGCAGUCAGGAGGACAGACCUGUGGACACGAAGCAGCAGAGGAAAGUCUACGAUGAGCUGGGGUACGUGGACUGA